AUGGAAGACUGGAGAAUUCGUGGUUACGACCCUUUAACUCCACCUGAUUUGUUACAACACGAGUACCCUUUGACUCCAGAGUCUCUGAAAACGAUAUUGGAAGGUAGAAAUUCUGCUGUUGAUAUUUUGAAUGGAAAGGAUGAUAGAUUGAUUAUUGUUAUUGGCCCUUGCUCAAUCCAUGACCCUAAAGCUGCAUUGGAGUAUGCUGACAGACUUCACAAGGAAGCAGAAAAACACAAAAGUGAACUCUUGAUUGUUAUGAGAGCAUAUUUGGAAAAACCAAGAACAACAGUUGGAUGGAAAGGUUUGAUUAAUGACCCUGAUAUCAACGGAACUUUCCAUAUCAACAAGGGUUUGAGAAUUGCAAGAAAGUUGUUUGUUGACUUGACUUCAAAAUUACCAAUUGCUGGUGAGAUGUUGGAUACCAUUUCACCUCAGUUUUUGUCUGAUUUAUUCUCGGUGGGAGCAGUUGGUGCACGAACUACUGAAUCGCAAUUGCACAGAGAAUUGGCAUCUGGCUUAUCAUUCCCUGUCGGAUUCAAGAAUGGAACCGAUGGAACCUUGGGUGUGGCCAUUGAUGCUGUUCAUUCUGCUUCUCAUCCCCACCACUUUUUGUCAGUUACAAAACCUGGUGUGGUUGCAAUCGUGGGUACCGAGGGGAACAAGGACUGCUUCGUCAUACUAAGAGGUGGUAAACAAGGAACCAACUAUGAUGAGGCAUCCGUGAAGGAAACUCAAGAACAAUUGAAAAAAGCUAAGCUAGUUACCGAGGAAAGAAGUGGUCCAAGGAUUAUGGUUGAUUGCUCUCAUGGUAAUAGUAAUAAAGACCACAGAAACCAGCCCAAAGUUGCAAGAGUAGUUGCUGACCAAAUUGAAGCUGGUGACGGGUCUAUUUGUGGUUUGAUGAUUGAAAGUAAUAUCAAUGAAGGAAGACAAAACGUUCCUCCAGAGGAAGAAGGAGGUAAAGAUGCAUUGAAGUAUGGCGUUUCAAUCACUGAUGCUUGUAUCGGUUGGGAUACAACUGUAGAGGUAUUGGAUUUGUUGGCAAAUGCUGUCAAAAAGAGAAGAAGUUUAUAA